GCGAUCCUGGGAUGCUGUGGAUCCGGCCAGCCCGGAUCUGCGGUGCGGAGGGGCUUCUAGGACUUCUAGGGUCCCAACACCCGCUUUCUUCUGGCCCCAGCCACCUGCGCAUCGCCACACCUGCUCGGGUCUUGCUCAGCCCAGCUGUGAGGCCGAGAUUUCCCCGAACCCAGAGCGCCCCACACCUGCUGCGGCUGCUCCCUAUCUCCCCGCAGCUGCCGGGCUCAGCACCCGACGCUGAGGCCCGCGGCCGGGGCAGGUGCAGGGCGUGCCCACUGCUCCCCCUGAAGCCCACCUCCCCUCGUUUUCCUCAGAGUGCAUAUUGAGGAUAAAGAUGUGAGAGUUGUGUGCAGAAAGGACAGGAUCCAGCCAUACUUCAAUGGACCCCAAGGGCAUCUUGAAGGCAUUUCCCAAGCGGAAGAAAAACCCUGCCACUUCGUCAUCAAAAGCACUUGCAAAGAUUCCCAAAAGGGAGAAGGGUGAAGCAGGAGAGUGGCUGAGCUCCCUACAGGCCCACAUUGUGCCCACUGGGAUUGGACGAGCCCGGGCUGAACUCUUUGAGAAGCAGAUUGUCCAGCAUGGUGGCCAAAUAUGCUCUGCUCAGACCCCAGGGAUCACUCACAUUGUAGUGGAUGAAAAAAUGGACUGUGAGCGGGCCCUCCACCUCCUCAGACUGCCCCAGCUACCCCCAGGUGCUCAGCUGGUGAAGUCAGCCUGGCUGAGCUUGUGCCUGCAGGAGAAAAGGCUGGUGGACACAGCUGGAUUCGGCAUCUCUAUCCCUAACAGGUUCUUGGAGCAACCACAGCCCAGCAAAGCUGACCAAGACUCUUCUGCUCCUGGCAUCCAGGAGGUUCUACCUAGAUCAACCCUCUCCCCUCCCUCAAAGGCAGAAGAGGCACCAAGAACCCAGGCCCAGAUCAGCUCAGAUGAUGAAACCAGUGAUGGGGAAGGGCCCCACGUUAGCCCAGCUGAUCUGGAAGCCUUGAUCAGUGGUCGCUACCCCAAACCCCCUGAGGAAGAUGGUAGGCCUGAUCUAGCUCCAGAAGCCUUGGAUAAGUGGGUCUGCGCGCAGCCCUCAAGCCAGAAGGCAACCAACCACAACCUGCACAUCACAGAAAAGCUGGAAGUGCUGGCCAAAGCCUACAAUGUCCAGGGAGACAAGUGGAGGGCCCUGGGCUAUGCCAAGGCCAUCAAUGCCCUCAAGAGAUUCCACAAGCCUGUCAGCUCCUACCAGGAGGCCUGCAGCAUCCCUGGAGUUGGCAAGCGGAUGGCUGAGAAGAUCGUGGAGAUCCUGGAGAGUGGACAUCUGCGGAAGCUAGACCACAUCAGUGACAGCGUGCCUGUCUUAGAGCUCUUCUCCAACAUCUGGGGAGCUGGAACCAAGACUGCUCAGAUGUGGUACCAUCAGGGCUUCCGAAGCUUGGAAGAUGUCCACAGCCUGGGCUCCCUGACUGCCCAGCAGGCCAUUGGCCUGAAACACUACGAUGACUUUCUGGACCGCAUGCCCAGGGAAGAGGCUGCAGAGAUUGAACAGAUGGUCCGGACAUCAGCCCAGGCCUUCAACCCUGGGCUGCUGUGUGUGGCAUGUGGCUCUUACCGCCGGGGGAAGAUGACCUGCGGGGAUGUGGAUGUACUUAUCACUCACCCAGAUGGCCAUUCCCACCAGGGCAUCUUCAGCCGCCUCCUUGACAGCCUUCGGCAGCAAGGGUUCCUCACAGAUGACUUGGUGAGUCAGGAGGAGAAUGGCCAGCAACAGAAGUACUUGGGUGUGUGCCUGCUCCCAGGGCCAGGGCGGCGGCACCGGAGGCUGGACAUCAUCAUUGUACCUUACAGUGAGUUUGCCUGUGCCCUGCUAUACUUCACUGGCUCUGCCCAUUUCAACCGGUCCAUGCGGGCUCUGGCCAAGACCAAGGGCAUGAGCCUGUCGGAACAUGCCCUCAGUGCAGCUGUGGUCCGGAACAGACAAGGUGUGAAGGUGGCGCCUGGCCAAGUGCUUCCCACCCCCACAGAGAAGGACGUCUUCAAGCUCUUAGGCCUGCCUUACCGAGAGCCAGCUGAGCGGGACUGGUGAUCUAUGACUGGAGCCGGGGGAGAGCCAUGCUGGUCAGGCUGCCCCUCCUAGACAUCCACAACUCCUCAGUUUUACCAAGCUCAGCUGUGCUGCUUCAUGUUGUCCUUGGUAAGCUGAGCUGGGCGUUCUGUGCCUGAGGAAAGGAGGCAGCUUGACUCCCAAGGCCUGCACAGCUCUCUCGGGCAGGAUCAGGCUGCUGUCCCUUGUAUUUCACCACUGCCCUCAUCAUUUUGCACAUGGCCCUUGCCCCAUUUAAGUAGGAACAGGUGGCUGGUUUGAAGUCAGUUUCCUGUGCUGAAGGCCCAGGACCUCCUUCUAUCCCAAGAAAGAUCUAGCUGCUGGGGGUCAGGGAGAGGCUACAGGGGAGAGAGGGAAGCAGCUGUGGGUUCAGCAUCAUCUUUUACCAUGAAGGAGCCAUUCUGUAGGGAUUCCCUUACCACCCACUUCCUGUGCAGCUGGAACUGCUGAGAAGGACCUGCCCAGACUCUGUGAAGACAGCCUCUAAAAGCCCAGGGGCCCAGUAAAAUGCUUUUGACAUUCAA